AACCACCAUCCGUUUUAAUAAUUAUCCUCUCCUCUUCUUCUCUUCUCCUCUCUCUCCUCUCUUUCUUCCCCCUCCCUGUCGCUCUCUUCUGACCAUAAGGUUACUCUUUAUUUCUUCUUCUUUUUUUUCUUUUUUCUUUUCUUUCUGGUCCGCUUCUACUCUUCACAUUCGCUCUCUCGAUACAUCACCUCCUCCCCUCCCUUUAAUUGCCGACCCGUCCUCCUAAAUCAAAUCGCUCGCGACCGUUUCCCCUUCUCCCCGUUCCAACCGCGCGAAGCUCUUCCAACCUCUUUACCCCCUCCUUUUUCCACAACCGACCAACGAUAUUCGUCGCGUCUAAUUCCCGUCGAUUAUCCCUAUCAAUAACUAAAUCAAUCCCGCUUACGGCAAUCUAAUACAAAUACAACCUUUCAAGAUGCCUGCUUACGAGCUCCGAUCCGGGGGGGAUGUUAAGAACAAGAAGCAGAGCGUGGCCGACCUCAAGUACCGACGAUUGACAGAGCUCAACGCCCGUCUCAAGGAGGAUUUGGAUCGUCCUCGGGUGAAGGUGUCGGAAGCUUCCCUGUCGUUGAUUAACUACUGCAACAACACUCGCGACUUUAUGGUUCCUUCUGUAUGGGGACAGGUUGACAAGCGCGAGGACCCAUACGCUCCUCAACAGCAGGGAGGAUGCUGCACCGUCAUGUAAUGAUAUGGCCUCAUGACGCUCCAAUGCUUUUUAAGGUGGAUGGGCUGGAUCCGGCCUUCCGGUUCAUCCAUCGCUCUUAUAUUCCCCUAUCGCCAUGACCUUUUUUAACCUUCUGUUCACCUAAUUUUUUUUUUCUUCUUCUCGAAAUGGCGCAUCGCUUCCACUUUCUCAUCACGACC